AUGCCCACGUCCAAGCCAGUCCAACAGGUGCUGCCGCCACCCGUGAGCCCCCCCCCCACGGAUUCCAAGCCGGUCACAACCAGCCUAGAAACGGUGUCGCAUCUAGCACCACCAGCGCCCGUACUGUCGUCGCAGCCAAACGAGGUGGCCAAUAUGGACAAACCAAUCCAUCACCCCCCGCCCCAGAAGCGGCAAAAAGCAGUCUCCACGACCCGCAUCAACAAGCAAGGGUACAUGGUGACCGAGACCACGUACGAAGACGUGGAGGACGACGACCUGCCACCUCCGCGGCCUCAAGCCAAAAACUACCGGCGCCCCCGCCCAAGAAGAAACGCGUGGUCAAAGCCUCCGGAGCAUUCGGAAUGGCUGCACAUGGACAUACAUGGCUAG